CGACGCUCAGGAAACUAGGGCGCCGCAGGUCAGAGCAGAAAGUCUUCCCGGGAUCAAGAACACCGCCUGGGCGGCGCACUGGCAGCUCUCCUUGCAGUGUUGGCAUUUGUCUGCCUGCGCGAGCGUGCAGAGCAGAGCAGACGGCUGGCGGGGCGGGCGUGAGGGUCCGGCUGGCUGACUGCGAGGGAGCCUCCCACUGGUCCCUCCUUCUCCUCCUCUCCUGCGCGCCUGCUUCCUUCCCAGCGCAGCAACCUGGGCCUGGGCCGGGCUCAGGCCGAGAGCCGGAGGCGGUCAGGAGAGUCUGCAAACUUUGCAGGGUGGCGGAGGUCAAGCUGGAGCAAUGUGGCUGCUGUGGCUGCUCUUGGGCUCUGCGGAGAGCCAACUUUUGCCUUGGAAUAACUUCACAAAUGAAUGCAAUAUCCCUGGAAACUUCAUGUGCAGCAAUGGACGCUGCAUCCCAGGAGCCUGGCAGUGUGAUGGGCUGCCGGAUUGCUUUGAUGAAAGUGAUGAGAAGGAAUGUCCAAAAGCCAAAUCUAAAUGUGGCUCCACCUUCUUUCCCUGUGCAAGUGGAAAUCACUGCAUCAUUGGUCGCUUUCGAUGCAAUGGGUUUGAAGAUUGCCCUGAUGGUAGUGAUGAAGAAAACUGCACAAAUCCUUUGCUGUGUUCUACUGCCCGCUUUCACUGUAGGAAUGGCCUGUGCAUUGAUAAAAGUUUUGUGUGUGACAAUCAGAAUAACUGCCAAGAUAACAGUGACGAAGAAAGUUGUGAAAAUGUUCAAGAAUCUGGCAGUGACCAGGAUUAUGUGACCACAGAGCCCCAGUUGCUCUACUAUCCCAGCAUUACCUAUGCAAUCAUUGGCAGCUCUGCCAUUUUUGUACUGGUAGUGGCCCUGCUUGCCUUGGUGUUGCACCACCAGCGAAAACGCAACAACCUCAUGACACUCCCAGUGCACCGGCUGCAGCAUCCUGUCCUUCUAUCCCGGCUGGUUGUCCUUGAUCAUCCACAUCAUUGCAGUGUCACCUACAAUGUCAACAAUGGGGUUCAGUACAUGUCUAACCAGGCCUACCAUAGACCACCAGAUUUAGACUCUCCACCAUCUUAUUCAGAAGCUGUACUAGACCAAAGACCUCCAUGGUUUGAUCUUCCUCCACCCCCAUAUUCCUCAGAAUCAGAAUCUCAGAAUCAUCUAGAUCUCCCUCCUUACCGAUCUCGGACUGGGAGUAUGGUGAGCACAGAUGCUCCAGUGGCAAGAAGUCAGUGGAAUUCAGAAAGCAAUCAAAGCAGAAGCACCAUUAACAAUAUGCUACAAGAAAUUCCAACGGAGCAAAGUGACUCUUUAAUCAGUUCCCUUUCCACAGAGGAACAGUAAGCAGCUAUUUAUGACGUUCUGUGCUAAGUUAAAUGUCCAGAAGCACUUGGACUCAUUCUUCAUGACUUCUGCAAUCCAAACAUCAUGGAAAUGAACUGGAGCUGUGGAAGCUUCCAUUCAGUUACUCACACUCAUUUCAAAGGAUUUUGGAGGAACACACCAGCAUAUUGUGCCUAAAACGACUCAGCCAUAUUACACUUUGGGCAUGCUGUCUCUGGGAGCAGUUCUGGAAUUUCAGUUCAGAUUCAGUUUGACUCAGUCUGUAAUGUGUUACUUUUCUAAGGUAUUUCAGGGGUAUUUAAUAUAUGUAUAUGUCUGAAUAUACGCAUGCAUAGCCACACACUCAUAUUUGGAAUAUCCUGAUGCUGUUUUACAAAUAUGUAUUUAUGUCUGUGUAAGUAUGUGUAUAGUUAUAGUAGUAUGUGAAGCUUGCAGUCUGCAAGCAUAGAUCCAUUUUCCUGGUUGCUACUGGAAAUGCUCCUCCCCUAAAUCUAAGCUAGAGGAGGAAACAGAACUACUAAGGCUGCUAUGGUUUUAUUUGUGCUGGAAUGCUUGCCUCUGUUACGAAGUAACCUUCACGUCACUAGUUUUGUGACAGCUAGGUGUUAAUGAUAGAACAUUUUGGAGGUCAUUAAUUCAUAGGGUUGCCAUAAAUCUGAAGCAACUGACAGCACAUAAAUCUGACAGCACAAACACACAGAGGUGUAAAAAUGUCCUGCUUUCAUAUUUAUCAAGGGUUGGGCAUGCAUCAAAUUUCAUCCUUCUGGAUGGCAUGGAAAUAGUGCUCAAAUUAUGGGGAGAAAGGUAGGGGACACUUAAUAAAAUCUACAACCGAUGUCUCUUUAUCCUGUCCCAUUACUCAUCACAAGCCACAUCUACACAUCCAGAACAGGGUGCUAUACAAAUUAUUUGUAUCAUUCUGGGAUCAUUAAAAGCAAACUUCAGGAGUGAACAGGAACACCAAACAGGAAAGUGCUUAGAGAAAGUAAAGAGGAUUCUUAUGGCAACAGACAUUAAUUUCUCUUCAAGCACAAGCUUUUGUAGAGUUGAGCACCUUCGUUAAAUUUGAUGAAGUGUGCUCUCGUUUUUCAAAUCUUAAGCUAACAUAAAAGCUUGUUAGUCAUUAAGUUGCCAGAAGACCAACAUGGCUGUACCUUUGAAUGGGCUUGGAAAUCUUGUGCCUUUUCCAGUUGAGGCUGCAAACCAAACCAACAACUCCCUGUUUUUAUUUUAUCUGCUCAAGUUGUAGGCCCUUUCCACACAUCACAGAGAGAGCAGGUUGCAGGCGGGAUCAAGGAACGCACUCGCCCUCUUGCCCUGUUUGCUGCCCUCCAUGCAGGCAGCGACCAGAGCCUAUGGAGGCAAUGCAGACUGCUGUUGCGCCUUUGCAAGAAGGCACAGCUUUUUUAAAGGGAUUUACCUCCAUAGCCAUGAGGGAGGGCAGGCAUGGUCCCCACAGCCAUGCUGAUAUCUCACACUGCCGUGAGACAUCCCUGCAACCCCACGUGGCUAUGCAGCAACGAGGCAGGGACGUUUAAAAAAAAAAAAAAAAAAUAUGCAGGCAGCAUGACCAAAAUUACUGGCUUCCUGGGGCAACCGUUUGCAUGCAAGUGGCUGCAGAACACAUUUAAACAAAAGAAUCGCGAAUAGCAUGGUUCUCAAAUAACCUGUUUCGGGGGGGAAACGCAGGAUAUCCUCCUGUUGGGGCAGGAAGUGUGCGAUGUUCCCACCCACAACAGGUUUUAUCCCGUCGUUAUCCCGGGAUUAUUGACCCAUGCAGAAAGGGCCUUAGAGAAAUAAAUAUUAGCUUAUGUCUUCCCAAACAUGUGCAGCAAUGAUCCUCCCCCACCCCUCCCCUUUUUCCUCACUAUGCUUGUGAGGAUUGGUGAGCAGUAAGUGAAUACCUCUCCAGUACUGGGAUCACCAACAAAGACUUCACAGUAAUAUUCCUUCACAGAGAAGGAAUAUUAACUGAAAAAUAGGGUGGGUAGUACAAGAAGGCAAUUAUUUCUCUUACUGAUCAAAUUCCCCACAUCCAGAUUAAUCUCCACUCCUGUUGCCUAAUGUUCAUGCUGGAACAAAAUAACAUUCCCAGUGUCCUUCUCUGGAUCUGGACUGAAUUGUUGAGAAAAUUGUUCAUUGCUUUUAGUCUCCAGUUUGGAUCUUCAUAAAGCAAAAAGACCAGCUUGAGCUCAACAUAUCUUUUAGGGCGGUGGAAGCUCUGCCCCUAUCUUCCCCAGCAGGUUCUCCUGCCCAAGUAGAAUACUCCAAUCCUCUUCUGUGUGGUUCUUGAUGGCCAUUUGAAUUGGACUUCAACCAAACAUUCUUUUCUUAUUCAAUAUUAUUCUAGAACUUGAUAUCAUAAAGGGGUGUUUUAAAGCAAUUAUUUAGUGAGGCACUUUCUACUUAAGUGGAAAGUUCUCUCAGCCAGUGUAUAUUGCAGAUUCUGAGCAGCUCAGAUGGUAGAGGUAUGGCAAGAAGCUCAAAUAGACAACAGGGAGUAGCUGACCAAACUAGGUUCAUGGCAUCGGGGGAGGGAAACAGGAAAUAGUUGGUUAAGGGAUAUUCUAUCUGGUGUAAUAACAGUGGUAGACCUGGAUAAAUUAAAUAAAGAAAUUGAGAGAUGGAGACCAGACCAACUUGUUCAACCAGAUAUACAGAGCCAGAUAAAUAUGGUAAUGUUAUCCAGAGACAAAGUGGUAGAGUCCUUGAAUAGAGGCAGGAGAUCAAAGCCAUGCCCUUCAUGCUGUGAGGUAAUAAGAAGACAGGAUCUUGGCCUGCUUUUUUAUCCCCAGAAUUUGAGUACUGCAUGGAAGUAUCUUAACUGGUUUUUGGAGGGAUACUUCUUGAGUUACUAAAAAGCCCUCUCUCUUUUAGACCUUUAUAGCAAUUUCUGUGUUUUGACAGUAUAUGUAUCAUUUUUCAGCUGCUUAGGUAAUGUGGGAAUAGCCCACAUUUCGUGGGACAUUUCAGGUGUGUCUCAGGUGCCAUAUGUGCCAAAAUUUAGCUUCCUGUGUGGCUUGGAAAUAAUCUAAUCAUUCAGGAUAAGCUUUUACUCUCCCUUUUUGAGGGAGAGAAGGACAGGUGUUAAUGUUAUGUUUUUAAGGUGUUUUUUUAAAUAAUCAGAGUGCCUUAAAUUGUGUAUGUACCAAAUUUCAGGGCACUAGUUCUUUGUGAAGUACCCUGACAAUUUUUAUAUCCUUGCGCAUGAGUAAUUCAGUCAAUGAAGCCAUGUCUUAUAUACAGUUUCAUAAGACUAGGUAUGUUUGUAGUAUUUCCAGUAAUGUUUUAGAAAAAAAUUCAUGCAGUUUUAAUGAGAAUUAUCCUUUUUAGCCCAUUUAAGUUAAUCGGCUUGGAAGAGUGUAACUCUGCUUGGUGUUACAUAGAAUUUCCGCCCAAGAAACAUAUUUCCUCUUUGUUUAGUGUUUACUCUGAUUGUGGCAGAUUCACACUUCAUGCUCAUUUAUCACAUGUGCAUGACAUUGGGAUGCUAGCCUCCAGGUGGGACCUGGGGAUUCCCCAGAAUUACAGUGUAUUUCCAAAAUGUAAAGGUCAGUUUCCCUGAAGAAAAUAGACGUUUUGGAGGAUGGACGCUAUGGUAUUGAACUCCACUGAAGUUCUAGACCUCCCCAACCUCCACUUGCACAUCUCUAAAGGCAUUUAUGUAUGCAGCACCUAGCCCGUGGCUGUUUGCUUCACGGAGCAGUUUCCCCAUGGUUUUCUGUCCUCACCAGAUUACCAAGUGUCCCAAGCUGAGCCAAUCUACCAUUUUGUCGCCCCUUACUUUUUUGUUCUCUGUGUGCAAUAUGCAUCUGGGGAGGUUGCCUGCCAUUUGGAGUUUGUGUGUGUGUGUGUCAUCUGGGAUCUAACAUUAAUUCACUAGACCAUUCAAGGUUAAUGUCAGUUUUGGGGGCGGGGGGAUAGCCUUUUCGGUCUCAGAAGUGUGGUCAAAACUAUUGUUGUGUGGGUGGGGGAAGGCAGGGGAAAGUGAGAAAGCAAAACACAUGCUGAUUCCACAAGAAUUAUAUGAUCUGCUGCGUGGUGAGUUUGGGAGGGGGGAAACAUGUCCACAAUCAAGAAUCUGACCUGAAGGGAAUGUACACUCACUGUGGAGUAGACCACAAGUGCAUAAAUGGCCUAGGAGUUCCCAAACUGGAGUUGUCAACCCUAGAAUAAACAGGAGUCACCAUAAACAGCAAGUGUGAAAAGAAUGAUACAUCUCAAUACAUCUCUAUGUGCAUAUGCACCCCACAAAUCCACUUCUGUUUUACAUGUUUACCACUGAAAUCUCUGAUGUAUACAUUGGAUAAAUAUUUGUUGUGUGAUAUGAAUGGGGCCUCACUAAAUACUGGGCAUCAUUCAGAUAGUUUAACUGGCUGAGGACUGAAGUCCUAUGUUUAAAGGCAUUAACUGAAAGCAGUAUUUGCUCUUUUAAUAACUGUCGUAUCUGCAUAACACAUCUCUUUAGACUGUACAUGUAUACAUUUUUGUUGAGAUGAUAUUUAGACUUGGACUCUUAAAAUAAAUACAUUUAAAUGG